AAAAAAAUAACAGCCUAUUACCCGAGGAAUCAUGAAGUGCGGACUUAAUUGUAAGGCUUGAUACCAAUGAUUAUAUUUUAGAAUCCAACAAUUUUCAUACUAUUAGCCAAAAGACGUUUUUAGUUUAGUGUUUGUGACUUUCAGAUGCACUGGUUAAUAAUUUGCAUACUCGUGACGUACAUUUCCGGCGGCGGUGGAGUUACUAAAGCAUCAGGAAUCGAUCAAUUUUGGACCGAUGACUACAAGGUGUUCGACCAAAUCUACGGGAAGACGUCAGACAAAGACAUCUAUGGAGACUCCCUGCCGCCGAGCAUCACGUUCCCUGGCCUGCAGGAACAGGUGACAGACAAAAAAGAAACAUACAACCUCGACUACGACAAAGACUUGUACACACUCGAAAGCAUCCACCACGACUACUCAAGUAAAAGUAAAACGAAAAAGAAACCUGCAUCGUCAUACAACUUUAUUAGCUACAAUGACUUUAAGCCGAUAAGUCAGGAGAAUGACCCGGAAACAUACAAUUAUUUGAAACACUUAGAAGAUUUUGAUAAAGAAAAGAAAUCUAACCAGCCGACGUACGGUGGUUUUAAACCUUUUACUAACCUUGGAGACCCUGAAGAUACGGAAGGUUAUAAAAGCAUUCAAGACAUUUUAGAUGCGCAUGAAACAAAAAAAGGGAAGAAAGGAAAUGAUGUGAAAUACUUGACAUACGGAAGGGAUAAAAAGAAGAAACCCUCAAGAUACCGAAAUGUAGCUUACAGUAGCAAACUAUGCGUGUCUGGAAGAUGCAGGAAGAGGAAUAAUGUACGUGUGACGCGACCGUAUGUGCGAAGAAUAAAACAUAGGACUUAUGGAUAAACAUUGUUAUUUUAACCUUUUUGAUUUCUGUACAAUUUUCAAUGCGAAUCUUCUCAUUGCUAAUAAUACUCCUGAAUGAAAUUAAAUAAGAAAAUUAAGAAUAUGUAUUACAGAAUAAUUGAGUUUUAAAAUACUACGUCAGUAGGAAGGGUAUUUCCUUUGUCGCUAUACGUAAGAUUUUUUGUUUAUGAUAAUUAGUCGACUAUUUAUUUCAAUUGUAAGAACGAUUAUUUAUUAUUGACCAUUGAAUGUAUGGCAGUCAUGUCCAUCUUUGCUUUAAAAAAACUAAGCACUUACAAUGUAUAAUGAAUAAGUACCUGUUUGAUUUACGUUUAGUUAUUUUUUUUAUAACUUUUGAUAAGUAAGUAUUGCAGAGGUAACAUACGCCGCUGAGUAAUUUUAAUUUAUUGUGAAUAAAUUAUACUUAUAAUAAGCAUA